AUGUUCUACACCGGAAGCGAAGACUGCAAAAAAUAAACAAAUAACUCCCAUUCACUUGUCAUGAAGUUUGUUUAUCAGAACCAUGUUCCGUCGUAAAGGACCCUCUGAGGUGGAAAUAGCCAAGGAGAAUGACGUCAAGAUUGCAAUAACACAGGAAUUCUCCAAAGCACUGAAGACAGUCCAAAAAGAAAGCAUUGGAACUGAGGACCAGGCAGUUUAUAGCACUGAUACAGCCAACUCAGUGUGCAAUUGUCUUGAAGCCGUAUUCCUACAUGGACUCAAGGCAAAGGCCAUAACUAAGAUUGCCAGUUAUGUUGGCGUCGGAAGUUCAGCCACCGCUCAAACCACCCUGAACUUUUGGAACUUUGUUGCCAAGUUUACACACAGCGAGGUGAUAUCACAGCUGAAACAUCUCGGCCAAAUCACAACGGAGGUUGGAUUGUGUAGGGCUUGGGUACGGGUCGCGCUCAAUGAUGGGAUAAUGGAGAGCUAUAUAGAUGCCAUGGUUGCCGACAAAAAAACUCUGCAAUACUACUAUAACAGCGUGGCAUAUUUACGGGAUCGUGAACAGCCCGGGAUCAUGAAAACAUACCUUCAAGGUUUUAUGAGUUUCCAGUUCAAGCUUUCCUACAACGCCAGUGUCCUCAAUGAGUGGGCCUAUAUCCCCCUCGUGUUGGCAGGAGUGAUUGACAGCAACGAUGCUCCACCUCCUAUUAUUAAACCUGCAGUAACAAACACCAAGAGGAAGAGUGUCGUCUCUAUAGCAAACAUUCCAACUAUUGACACCACAGAAACAACUGUAGAGGUCGAGCAAAUGAGGUCAAGGUCACGGGGAAAUAGUGACGCUAGAGCCCAAAAUCCUAUGGAUCAACCUCCCUUUGGGGCUUCAUCAAAGUCUAGCUAUAUUGUGUCUUCGUCAGAAUUCACUUCUCAAGACGUUGAAGAAAUAAAGAAAAUGUCAUCGCGAAAGUCUGCGAAGGCAAUGUCGGAAUGCUCUAGCUCAAGCCACUUGUCGUGCCCUGAUCCACCCCAUAUGAAUGCUAGCCCUGCCACGUAUGUGAAGAAAAUGUAUGGCGGGCCUGAGCAGUCACCGUUAUCUGAAAGAAGCUUUCAGGGUUUGGACUGUGAGAAAGGAGCAGAUGGUCUUGAAGUCAGAAUCAAUGGUGAAGCAAGACAGAGUGAGAAACUUGAGGCUGGAGUUAAGAGAAUAAGUGAAUCUAGUGCUGUGACAGUUGAUUCCCCAGGGUACGGUGCUGAUAUUGAAACUGAGGAAACAGUUAAAGAAGAGUUUGAUGUUUUUCAGAAGGAAAACUAUGAAGAUGGUGAGAGUUGGGGGCAGCAUGGUCAAAGUCCGGUAGAGAAACCUGUUGAGGACUUAAAAAGGAGAUACCAGAGGCUGGAAUCUUUUAACAGAGAGCUACAAGAGAAAGCAAUCAUUGAUAGUUAUAUCGAACCUGAUGCAGAAUCCAAAAAGAAUGAUGAGACGGUAUAUGGCUAUGAUCACAAUGAUGGCUUUGAUGGUUUAGGUGAAACGGAGGUUGAGGCAACAAAGGACUAUACAAUUAGGACAAUGGGAAAAGCUUUAAGUACAACAUCUGGUGAAAAGGACCAAGAUGUUUUGCCAGGGAACAAGGCUGCUAACUUGUCUGUUGGUACAGACGAUCUAUUGAAUAUUUCUCAAAAAAUACUCAAUGAACUUGGCUUGGAGGACACCAAGGUAUCUAUUAACAUUGAGGAGGAAGUAACCAAAAGUGACAUUCAGCCCAAAGAAACAGUAUCUACCCCAAAGAAAACAAAGAAACUUAAAGAGAAAGAAGACAAAAUUAAUAAAUUAAAGCCAAAGUUAAGUAUGAGUCCACCACAUCCUGAAGUUGUCCCCCCAGUUUUAUCUUACGCUAUCGCAGACAAGGUUGAACGUAUACAGACCCUGGAGAACCCAGACUAUCUCUUAAAGCAUCGACGGUCCCUGCCUGCAAUUGGAGUGAUGCAGAGGAAGUCUGACAAGCGCAAGUCGAUGCCUAAUGUGAUGGAGGAUGUCAGUGAAGAAGGCCAGGCCAGCAUUGAGGAAUACCUGUAUGGAACAGCCGCAUUUGAUGGGUUGGAGUCGAAGAAAGAUGAUGGUGUGGAGGAUGACAUAGACAGUGAUGAGGACAGGACACUCAGAAGUCGUUUCAGUGCAGAGCCUCGACAGAGCAUCGGUAACAACCUGAUGUUGACUGGCCGUGGCUGGUCGUCCUCCUUCGAGAGCGAGCUCGGAGACACGGUGGACGCCAUGUCACCCCCUCGACCCUCCAGGGCACUGCCAGUUAACCGACCUAAAUCGGAGAGUUUUGGCACACUGCUACAGAACUACACGCCAAGCAGCUCCCUAACCAGGCACUCCAUCGACGAUGUCCUCUCCACGCUGCCCAAGAGAACCAACACGUUUAUCUCCCCUGAUACAUCACCCAAUGAGGAAGGGGCAGGUUUAGAAGGGUUUGAAGUUGUCAUCAACGAAGAGGACCACCUGCAAUCAAAUGAAGUCUCAAAGAUACGACUGUUCUCCGAGAUUGCCAAUGAGAAAGGACUUGAUGCCCAGAACUUUCAGUGCAGGGGUUGCAAGCGACCUCUGGGACUCAUAUUCGGCAAGCAGAGGGUGUGCAAGUUUGACGGCGGCUACUACUGUUUUGAAUGUCACGAGAAUGAUGAGUAUUACAUUCCAGCAGUCAUAGUGCACAACUGGGACUUCCGGAAACAUCAAGUUGCUAAGAGGAACCUAGAGUUCUUGCAAGACAAGGAAGAGCAGCCGUACAUCAAUGUCAACGAGACCAACCCUCGUAUCUAUGAACACGUCUCGGAAAUGGCGGAGAUACAGGGUCUCCGUCGGCAGCUCAUGUACCUCAAGAUGUAUCUGUUCACUUGCAAGCAGUCAAUUGCAGAGGACUUCAGGCGGAUCAUCUGGCCUCGAGACUAUCUCUAUGAGAGCAUUGAACUGUAUUCACUUGCUGACCUCCUGCAGGUGCCAACUGGUGGCCUUGCCAGCAGCCUGCGCAAACUGAUCCGCUUUGCUAGCAAACACGUGUACAGCUGUCGGCUGUGUAGCCAGAAGGGGUUCAUAUGUGAGCUGUGUAACAACCCCAAGGUCAUCUACGCCUUUGAGCUGGACGCCACAGUCAGGUGUACAGUAUGUAAGACAGUGUUCCACAAGGAGUGCAAGACGGACAAUAGGGCAUGUCCCAAAUGUCAGCGGCGACUGCAUCGUCAAAGCAUGCAGGGAUCAACCAGCCAGAUCCUCACACCUGACUACGACCUACAUGUCACCUAGCAACCUGUAACAACCACACUGUUACUGUGAAAACAAGAUCCUCACACCUGACUUUGACCUACAUGUCAUGUAGUAACCUGUGAUAACCACAUUAUUUCUAUGGAAACAAGAUCCUCACACCUGACUACGACCUACUUGUCACGUAGCAACCUGUGAUAACCACACUGUUACUAUGGAAACAAGAUCCUCACACCUGACUACGAUCUACAUGUCACCUAGCAACCAGUGAUCUAGUAUCACACUGUUACUAUGGAAAUCUGAUUCUCAUGGUGUGAAAUCAAGCUGUGCCAGCAACCAGAUAAUUUCUGUAGCACCCAUAGUAUGCAGACUCCUGAUGGAACUACAUAUGGGUAAAUGUAACAACAAUUACACUGUUACUUUGCCAAUCGGAUGUUCUCUAUUUUGACUGCUAAAGUUUGUACACCAGGUAAUUGUUGUGGCAACACUAUUCCUAAAUGAGAUUUUCACUUUUGUUUGCUUUAGCUGUCAGUAGCAAUAUACAAUUUUGAUGGCAAACAAGGCUGUUUUGUUGAUCUAGUAUCACCAAGCAUGUAAUGUCAGUUUAUGGUCGCAAGAGACUGAUAACAUUCCAUAUUGAACUAAAUGUUGACAGCAUGCUUUGAGACAACUACAGGGAAAAAACACAUGAAAAUGUUGACAUAAUACAGAUUAAUUUAUUUGUGUUUUUUUAACAAAAUGUUAUCUAUUUUUAACUGUUAUAAAAAAGAAGUGCAGAUUUCUUGGAUAAGACAUUGAGAUGCUUGAAAAACAUAAAUGGUGAAAUUUAUAUACAAAAAAAUAAUGUGAUAUUUUUAGCAUUAUACCCCGGUACAUGUAGUUGUAAAUAAGACUUGAUGCCAAAAUAGUUCUUACUUGUAUGCAUAUAAGUAAUGCAUACCUUUUACUUUUAGUUGAGUUAUAUGUUUAUAUAGAGUUAACUAUGGCAUGCAGAAAAUGGCAUUUUGAAAGUGAACAUUUAACAUGGUAUCAGGGUAACAGUACUCAUGUAUUCAUAAGUUAUUGAUCAUCUCAAUAUAUUAAUUAAUAUUAUGCAUGGUAUACUGUUUAUGAUGUAAAAUGGUUUUGAUAACAUGAGCUUCAGUCUGCUAAAACUGGGUUUGAAGCAUGUGCUUAAAGUGUCCUUCCUAACAACUGUAGUUGCCAUUUGUAUGGUAUGUUUUGUUGGAAGGAAGUCUCUUUUUGCAAAAAAAUCAGUUAAGGCAAAAAGUCUCUCACUCAAAAGUGUAGUUCAUGAUUGCCGGUGCAGACUGCACAGGCUAUUCUCGAACGACACUUUAUGCAGGUCAGAGCAAGGUUGAUAUGCAGGGCUCAGUCUGCACUUGGUCUAAUAAAGCAAGGCUGAUAUGCAGGGCUCAGUCUGCACUUGGUCUAAUAAAGCAAGGCUGAUAUACAGGGCUCAGUCUGCACUUGGUCUAAUAAGCUAAUGGCUACAAAUGCACCAAUUUGGCUGAAGAAAAUUCUGUUUGGUUAUGUAUAAUCCUUUAUAAAUACCUACAAAAUAUCAAAAAUAAGUAGAAUUUUUCAAAAGCAUGUCAAAUUUUUUGAAAGUUUGAGCCAGGUAAAGCCCUGAUAUCAGAAGAUAAUGAUUCUUUGUUAUUGGGAAAUAAUGUAAUAAUAAUGCACAAAUUAACGUUCUGAUACCAAGAUACAUAACAGUUUACAAGUACUAAAGCUUUGUUAUUUUCAUAAAUAUAUAUAAUAUCCCUUUUUCAGCAUCAAGGACGAAUACAUUUAUUUCCUGUUAGCUAAUUGUUGCUAUUAUCUUUGUCACAUGAUGACUGAUUAGCUUUGUUUGUUAUAAUUAUUUGUUUAAUUGAUCAACACCUUCUGUCCACUCAGUCAAUGAUAAACAAAACUAACUUACUAUAGCUAUUAUGUUAUGCAUGAAAUGAACUUGAAAUAAAUAAACUUGGAAACUUGGAUAGCAAAUAGCACAAAUGUAUUUAUGAAAAUGAAUAUUUUAUUUAACUUUUAUUUUAUGUGUUAUCUAUAUCUAUAUUGAUAAUACAGCCAUUAAAUGCUCUUAAACUUUCAUUGAAUUUAUAUGCUUUUGUGAUUUUUCAGAGUCUUUUUAUUAUUUUUAGUUAAAUUAUUGUUUUUGUUGUAAAUAUUAAAAUGUGAUGGAAUAUUUAUUUAUAUUUUAGGUAAAGCGAAUAAAUAUGUACACAAUA